AUGGGGACCCGGGCCAGACUGUGGGCUCUCCUCGGGCUCCUGCACGCCUUCCUCAGCCCUUGUCACCCUCACCCUCAGCCCUGCCACAUCCUCAACAGGAUCGGACACACCGUGAGCCUGGGAACCGUCCUGCCCACCCCCAAGAAAGCUCUCCUCCACCAGGCGCUGGUGGAGGCUGUGGAUUCGGCCCUGAGAGACAAUCUUUUGCCCUACAACCUGAGCCUGGAGAUGGUCAGCAGCCAGGGCUGGCACCCUGACCCCCAGUCACUUUUACAAUCCAUCUGCCAAUCUAUCGUGGUCCAGGGAGUCGCCGCUGUCCUGGCAUUCCCACAAUCUGCAGAUCAACUGGUCCAGAUGGAUUUUUUAUCAUCUUUCUUGGAAAUCCCUUUCAUUAGCAUCAUGGAGCAAGGAGAGGGAUUGCGGACUGAGAAUCCUUUGCAUCUGCAGAUGAGCAUGGAAAGCUCAGUGGCCUCCUUGAUGGACUUGCUCAUCAAUGUCCUUAAAACCAACUCCUGGUAUGAUGUCAGUGUGAUUUUGUGCCACAGCUGGGAUAUCUCCAGGUUCCUCAGUUACGUGAGCAACAACUCUAACUUUGAACUGCGGGCUUUACUCAACUUAACAGACUUGGAUGAUGCGGGCAUCAUUCAGUUUUUACAUGAGAAAUUGAACGAUUUAAAGGACUCAUCCACUUCUGUUUUGAUGUUUAGCAGUAAUGCCAAAUGCUCUGGCUUUGUCUUUGAAACGGCAGCUGGGUUGGGUUUGACUUCCCCCGAGUUUCACUGGGUUAUUGGUCAUCCACUAAACGUUGAGGAGCUGCAAACCACAGGCCUACCUCUAGGUCUCCUUGCCUACGGUGAAGUGAACAAACCAGUUCUGGGAAAUUAUGUGAGGGAUGCGGUGGAGCUGAUAGCUAGAGCCAUAUCAACAGCAGUGUUUAUUCGGCCAGACACGACGCUUAUCCAAAGCAUGGUGAACUGUAAUGACAAACAGAAAGAAGGAGCGUUAUCUUCAGGUCAAUAUCUUUCAAGGUUUCUGGCAAACACAUCGUUUGACGGGGUGACAGGUUACAUCCAUGUACAGGAGACAUCUCAUAUUCGCAGCGAUCACCGUUACCAUAUCUGGAACUUGCGGCAGGACCCAUUAGGAAAACCCACCUGGGUCAGAGUUGGCAAAUGGAACCGACAGAAAAUUGAGAUUGAACAAGGCAUCUGGCCCAACAGAAUUCAGAAUGAAAUGAAUGAGGACAGCAGCUCAUCUCACUCCAAGCUGAGGGUUGUCACAUUGGUAGAGUUGCCCUUUGUUUUCACCAGAGAGGUUGACCGUGACGGUAAUUGUCCUGCAGGCCUCCUGUGCUUGGAUCCUCACACCAAAGACCCUGCCAUGUUGGCACGACUGUUUGAGGAGCUGAACAAUGAAAAUGGAUCAGUGCCAACAGAGUAUAAGAAGUGUUGCUAUGGUUACUGCAUGGACCUCCUGGAGCAGCUGUCAGAUGACCUUGGUUUUGACUUUGACCUGUACAUUGUUGGAGAUGGGAAGUAUGGCGCCUGGAAAAAUGGUGCAUGGACGGGAUUAGUGGGUGAUCUCCUCAGCGGUGCUGCCCACAUGGCAGUCACAUCCUUUAGCAUCAAUUCAGCACGCAGCAAGGUGAUAGAUUUCACCAGCCCUUUCUAUUCCACCAGUUUAGCCAUCCUGGUGAGGUCAAGGGACACAGCAGCUCCCAUUGGCGCUUUUAUGUGGCCAUUACACUGGUCAAUGUGGGUUGGGAUUUUUGUGGCUCUCCACCUCACAGCCUUGUUUCUGACACUUUACGAGUGGAAAAGCCCUUUUGGAAUGACGCCCAAUGGAAGAAAUAGAAUAAAAGUGUUCUCCUAUUCCUCAGCUCUUAACUUGUGUUAUGCAAUCCUCUUUGGACGAACUGUCUCUAGUAAGACACCCAAAUGUUGGACUGGGCGUUUCUUAAUGAACCUCUGGGCAAUAUUUUGCCUCCUUGUCUUAUCCAGUUAUACAGCUAACCUGGCAGCUGUUAUGGUCGGAGAAAAAACCUUUGAGGAACUUUCUGGGAUUCAUGAUGCUAAGCUUCAUCAUCCAUCUCAGGGUUUCCGCUUUGGGACAGUGCGGGAGAGCAGUGCUGAGGACUACAUGAAGAAGAGUUUUCCUGAGAUGCAUGAAUAUACAAGAAGGUUCAAUGUUCCAACCACCCUGGAUGGGGUGGCACAUCUGAAGAGCGAUCCAUCAAAACUGGAUGCUUUUAUCAUGGACAAAGCUCUGCUGGAUUACGAGGUGUCCAUUGAUGCUGAGUGCAAGCUGAUAACUGUGGGGAAGCCAUUUGCCAUUGAAGGGUAUGGAAUUGGUUUGCCCCAGAACUUGGGGCUAAAUUCUAACAUUUCCGAAUUGAUCAGUCGCUACAAAUCUGACGGAUUUAUGGAUAUGCUGCAUGAUAAGUGGUACAAGGUGGUCCCAUGUGGGAAACGGACUUUUGAAGUGACAGAGACAUUACAAAUGGGCAUCAAACAUUUCUCAGGGCUGUUUGUUUUACUGUGUCUGGGCUUUGCUGGAUCUUUACUGACGACUGUUGGGGAGCAGAUUGUCUACAGGCUGAUCCUGCCAAGGAUUAGGAAACGGAAAAGAUUUAAGUACUGGCUCCACACAAGCCAGAAAAUCCAUCGUGUUUUAAAUAUGAGCUUUGAAGAGCAGAAAAUUCAAAAAGUGAAGACAGAUAAAAGAUGCAACUUGCAGAAGAUCCAGAAAGUGCCGCCCACCACGGUACGAGUGACUUCCCAGGCCAGGUGGAACAAUGCGAGACGGGCAGUGGUCAAAGGCAACACAAGGACCCAGGAGGAAUUGCAAAGCUGUGCACGCGAUCGUUAUGUGGUCAAAUCGGAAAAGGAAUCACCUGAUGCGAUCUGUGAGAACGGAGGAAUUGGGCAUGGUCAGCAGGGUGAGAGGAAUGCACAUGAGAAUGAAAUAAAAGAACUGGAGCAAAGGAUACAGAUGAUCAAGGAGCAGCUGCGAGUUGCCAUGAACAAGAGGGAUGAAUUGGCUGCUUGCAUUGAGAUGCCUAAAGACAGUCACCAAACCCCUACAAACACUGACGGUAAAGAAAAUCAUGACAAGAGGUGA